GAACACCCAGCUCUCUUUCCCACGACCCCGGGCAGUCUGUGUGGCUCCUUUUUUUUCCACCUUCCUUACCCCUCGUCCGCUCCUAAAGGGUCAGCACCUGGGAGCGUGACAGCAGACCUGCUUCCCGCCCCCACUCCAGGGCCCGCCCACCAGCCCGCGCCAGCCAAUCGCAGGCCGCGCUGCGACGGCCGGCAGCGCCGGCCGGCCCCGCCUCCCAGCCUCGCUGUGGCCUGCGGCUCCCGGGCCAGUAGCGCCACUCUUGGUCGCGUUUACUGGCUGUGUGUAACCGCGGGUCACGGGCGCUCUCCUUCCGCCACAGCUCAGCCCAGCGCCGCCGAGGCCGUCGGCCCCGAGCCUCCGCCAUGGACUUCGAGGACGAUUACACUCACUCUGCUUGCAGAAAUACUUAUCAGAGCUUUAAUGGAAUGGAUCGUGAUUAUGGCCCCGGAUCUUAUGGAGGGAUGGAUCGUGACUAUGGCCAUGGAUCCUGUGGGGGUCAAAGAUCCAUGGACUCCUACCUAAACCAGUCAUAUGGCAUGGACAGUCACAGUGGUGGUGGUGGGGGUAGCAGGUAA